UGCCCCUAGUUUUCACUCUCCAGUCUCUUCUACUCAUCUGCAAUCCGAAGAUUCUACAGAAACGAGUAUAUAGUGGAGAAACAGAGAGUUGCGUUCAAAGAGAGAAUCAGAAAUCAGAAUGGAAACAGCAGCUCGAAAGAGGGGAAGAGGGCCUCUGGAAAGCGUUUACAGAGUCAUUAUGCGUCGCAAUUCUGUCUAUGUAACCUUUAUCAUCGUUGGCGCUUUCCUGGGCGAACGGGCUGUUGAUUAUGCUGUUCAUAAGCUUUGGGAAAAGAAUAAUAUUGGGAAACGGUAUGAAGACAUCCCAGUUUUGGGGCAAAGGCAACCUGAAGAAUGAAUUCCUCUUUCAUGACGACUACUUCAUAGGUUUGGAAUUUUGUCCAAAGUACUAGUAGCUAUACAAUCCUGGAUAGCGAAGCUCUGUUUAAGUGAUUGAGUUGAAGCUUUGCGCAUCUCAACUACUCCUGCUUCUUGUUUCCUUCUAAAAUAGGACUUCUUAUGUUUUGUUUUGUAGAAUGUUUACUAUUUCGAUCCAAGAAGGGACACCUUGUUUCCUUUUGUUUGAUGUGAUAGUUAUAAAUACUUGAACAUCUUGUUAUUGUAA